AUCUUCCUUUACUACCACCAUGCCAUUUGGAGAAAUUAUCUGCGGUUCUCCAGGAUCUGGAAAAUCAACCUACUGCUACGGAAAGCACCAACUUUUCACUGCUCUAGGCCGACCAAUAUCUAUCGUCAAUCUUGACCCGGCCAAUGACAAUAUUCCCUACCCAUGCGCAAUCGAUAUCUCUUCCCUCAUUACUCUGCAGGAUGUGAUGAAUGAAUAUCAGCUCGGCCCCAAUGGUGGCAUGCUCUACUGUAUGGAAUAUCUCGAGGCCAAUUAUGACUGGCUAGAAGACCGACUGAAGGAGCUUGGAAAGGAUGCCUAUGUGCUCUUCGACCUCCCAGGUCAAGUAGAGUUGAGUACGAACCAUGAAAGCGUGAAGAGGAUUAUAGAGCGGCUGACCAAGGGUGGGUUUCGGUUGGCUGCUGUUCAUCUAUGUGACGCUCACUACAUAACGGACGCAUCGAAAUACGUUUCGGUCCUCCUUCUGUCUUUGCGUGCGAUGCUUCACCUCGAGCUUCCGCAUGUAAAUGUGCUUUCGAAAAUUGAUUUGAUAUCCCAAUACGGUGACCUGGAUUUCAAUCUUUCGUUUUACACUGAGGUGCAAGACCUUUCAUAUCUAUCAAAUGCGCUAGAGGCUUCAGCUCCCCGGCGUUAUGCAGCCCUCAACAUGGCCCUCAUAUCUCUGAUUGAAGAUUAUAGUCUUGUCGGAUUCGAGACCUUAGCUGUAGAGGACAAGGCGUCUAUGAUGCACCUCACGCGCACCAUCGAUCGUGUUACUGGAUAUGUCUUUGUACCUCCGGCGAACUCGCCAAUGCCUCCCGAUGCCAUCCCAGAUCAACAUAAUGUCCCAUCGUCUGCUCGACCGAACACAUAUGCGCUUUUCUCGAGUGCUAUAAACUCCGCUGGUGGGUAUGACGUGAGGGAUGUGCAGGAGCGGUGGAUUGAUGCCAAAGAAGAGUGGGACGAAUGGGAGAAAGCCAUGUGGAAGAAAGAAGGAGAGGCAGCAAGGGCCGCGAAUCCAGCGACAGGUAUCAAAUAGUACACCUGGUCUGCCCUGGAGAGCACUACCUUGGCGACAAGAUGGCGAUUCCUCAAACUGACCUGCUUUAUUGGCGUCAUCGUGGGUAACUCGUAUAGACCUAACCACUUGCGACAUCGACAUGGAUACAAUAGGUAUAUUAGUGACCGUUAGAAUCGUUUCCCGUGUCAUCAUAGUACAAUGUGUAUGAGGGCAUCCGCUGUCACUGAGCUGCAAGGGAAUGGAAAAGAAACGCAAUUGGAAUGCAUCAUUUCUUCCCUUGUUCCUAGCUAUCUACGCUGAUACUGCUGCCACUGACAGUAGGAGACACAAUUCAGCCACAGUGCGGCAUGCCUGGCACGUUCACCAUUUUCAUCUCCACGUAUUUGAUUGGUUCAUCGACACACUCAGGAUGCUACCGCCGAUUUUUGCAGGACAAUGCUCAUAAUAUAUUAG